AUUGGCUUGUGUUUACGCUUUGGAGUCAUGUGUACUUUUAAGUGUUGACAGCAAUUUAGUCGAGAGUUCAAAGGCGGUUGGCGAGCACAUACCUUAUUUUUGAAAAAGAGUUUUGAACAUACACAUAGAAUAAAUCGUCCAGUAUGAGAACCGCUGAAGCUUUAGUCACCCUAGCUGUUUUUGGCUUCUGUUGUUUAACUUUUGCCAACUCCUUGAAGUGUUACAGUUGCACCAGUACUAAGGACUGCAAGAAGCCAAGUAAAUUGGAGUGCAACUCUAAUGCGGCCAAUAACACACGUAAUUACUUAAAUCUAUUAUAUACGGGUGUACCUGGUACGAAUUUCACCAGCCAAAGUUUCGUAUGUGUGCGUGAUUGGUUGAAGACAUCCUCCAACGAAUUCACAUACAAGGGUUGCGCCUAUAGUAAUUACCAGAGUUGCAGUUACCCAGUGAAUCCAUAUUACUCUCAACAUCACGAACGUAAGUGCGCUCAAUGCAACGUGGAUGUAUGUAAUCCAGCCGCACGUGCUAACGGUAGUCUAUUGACAGUAAUAACGACAAUUGUGGCAACAGUUGUGGUGAAAAGUGUGUGGCGCAAGCGAAGCUUCGUCAACGGCUUGAAAUGCUAUUCCUGCGUAAGUUCGUAUGAUUGCAGAUCACCGAGAAAGGUGGACUGCACCUACCAGUUGGCCAAUGCGGCUUUGAAUCAUCUGAACUACUAUUAUCUGAAUGUACCGAGCGCCAACACCACGAGGGAUAUGAAUUGUUUACGUGAUUGGCUGCAGACACCGAGUGGACCCGUUGAGCACUGGGGUUGCACAUACAGCAGCGUUUAUGGCUGCACUUACAGCGUGCGCCCACAAUUCCAACAGAACUCCACGCGCUCUUGCCUUCAAUGCAACCGGGACGGCUGCAAUCCCGCCGCGCGUGCUGGCGUCAGUUUACUCACAGUCGUGUCCGCAAUAAUUGUGACUGUGUUGGCGUCAGCGGUGUGGUGCAAGUGAAAUUGUUUAAAGCGAUUAGCAAUUAGAGUGCUUACGUAUCUAUUUAUUGUGUGUGUGGUAUAUGUAAUGCCUUAUCGAUGUGAAAUGAUAACGAACAAUUGAAAGCGAAUAUAUUGGGACAGUGCCGCCAUAAAUAAUAAUUUUCUGAGAUAAAAAAAAUUAAAACAAGCAUGUGGGGUCUUGGCCUUGCUUAAUGUGAUUGUUAUACGUAUAAAAUAUGGAAUUUUAUGUUUUGGAGUUGCCACCUUUAAUUAAAAAUCUUAAACACAUUUAAAGACUUAAGCGGUUGUAAUGAGCCCUGAUCAUAAAUUAAUAAAAAGUUUUCCAUAAAUU